AUGGCGCUAGGCGGCGUGCUAUCGCAGCUAGGGAACAUCUACGAUGUCGACACGCUGGACACGCGCUUCACCACGCCCCCGGGCCUCUCCUACAAGGCCGUCAUCGACGCCCGCUCCGACAAGCGCAGCGACGACGCCCUGAUUCCGAAUACAAACACAAACCCCAAUAAGCUCGAGGGCAACAAGCGGCCCCAGUCGCCCCCGCGAUGGCGCACUCCCGAAUUCUAUCUUUAUUACCUCCUCCUCUCCUUCAUCAUCACCUCCAUGUUCUGGGUCGCAGGCGGUGUCUCUCAACCUUCCGAUGUCAGAUAUUACAAGUUCGAGCGCUACCUGUCUCCGGGCUGGAUUCCCGGCCGCAAGAUCGAUAUAUCCGACGCCCAGUACUUCACCUUCCGCAAGAACCUCCCGUACAUGGGCCUCCUCCUCGUCUUCCACCCGCUCCUGCGCCGCGUUUGGGAAGCCGUCUAUAGCCCCGCCGCCGCCACCAGCUCCCCCUCGCGCGGCCACGCGCCGUCAAGGCCCGGGACCCCGACCCCCGAGGCUGCCGACGCCCGCCUGUGUCGGCGCACCUCGUUCGACUAUGCCUUUGCCAUCGCCUACCUCGUCGCCCUGCACGGCUUCUCGGCCGCCAAGAUCCUGCUGAUCUUGCUCGUCAACUUCAAGAUCGCUACAGGCGGCCUGCCGAGGAAGUACAUCCCCGCCGCCACGUGGGCGUUCAACAUCUGCACCUUGUUUGCCAACGAGGUGUGCCACGGCUACAAGUUCCGCAGCAUCGCCCUGUUCUUUAGUGGUGGCGGCGCGGCCGGCGACCUGUUGUCGGACCCCUCGUCCCUAGUGCGCCUGGGCGACUGGCUGGACGGCCACGGCGGGCUCAUGCCCCGGUGGCAGAUCCUGUUCAAUAUUACUGUUCUCCGCCUCGUCAGCUUCAACCUCGACUACUACUGGAGUCUGAACUCGCGGGCUGCUAGUCCCAUGGAGGUGCGAACACACACACACACCCCGGCCUCUCCACCCCCUUUUUUACUGGCUAAUACCCCAAAGAAGAAGCAGCUGGACCCUGCCAACCUCUCGGAGCGGGACCGUGUCAGCAUCCCGGCGGCGCCGGGCGACUUCUGCUUCCGCAACUACAUAGGCUACGUCAUAUACGCGCCGCUGUACCUGACGGGGCCCAUCAUCACGUUCAACGACUACAUCUCGCAGCAGCGGUACCGGCCGGCGAGCAUCGAGACGCCGCGCACGGUGCGGUACGGCGUGCGGUUCCUGCUCGUGCUGCUGUGCAUGGAGGUGGUGCUGCACUAUGUGUGGGUGGGCGCUAUCUCUAAGGCCGGCGCCGACUGGAGCUCGUACACGCCAGCGCAGACCAGCAUGCUGUCCUUCUUCAACCUGCACAUCAUCUGGCUCAAGCUGCUGCUGCCGUGGCGCUUCUUCCGCCUGUGGGCCCUCGUCGACGGCAUCGACCCGCCCGAGAACAUGCUGCGCUGCGUCAGCGACAACUACAGCACGCUGUCCUUCUGGCGCGCCUGGCAUCGCUCCUACUACCGCUGGCUGCUGCGCUACAUCUACAUCCCGCUCGGCGGCGCCGGCUUCCGCUCGUGGCGCGACUCGGCGCGCUCCGUGGUUACCUAUCUAAUGGUCUUCACCUUCGUCGCCAUGUGGCACGACAUCAAGCUCAACCUGCUCAUCUGGGGCUGGCUCAUCGUCUUCUUCUUCCUCCCCGAGAUCGCCGCCACCUACCUGUUCCCCCGCCGACAGUGGGAGGCUCGCCCCACCGCCUACCGCAUGCUGUGCUGCGCUGGCGCCGUCGCAAACGUCCUCAUGAUGAUCUCGGCCAAUCUUGUUGGCUUCGCCGUUGGGAUCGACGGCCUGCAGAGCAUCCUGCGCGGUAUCCUCUACGAGUACUCGGGCCUUUUAUUCCUCGUCACGGCCUGCGGCGCCCUCUUCGUCGGCAUCCAGGUCAUGUUCGAGAUCCGCGAGUCUGAGCUGCGCAGGGGCAUCGUCAUGAAGUGCUGA